GUCUUUAAAGGACAGACAUAUCGUUAAACCUCAUCUCCUUCAAUCGAUUUCUCAACAAUUCAGAAUGUCGUCACCAGUCGUACUAUAUGACAUCCCCAGCAAGCAAGGCACCGCAUGGUCGCUGAAUCCUUGGAAGACUCGCAUGAUUCUGAACUUCAAGGGCGUCGACUACAAGACUGAAUGGAUCGAAUAUCCUAACCUCGCACCGACUCUCAAGUCCUUCGGCCUACCCCCGAAUGACAAGGACGCGCCAGGCUACUUCACAGACUACAGCAGCCCUGCCAUCCGUUACGCCGAUGGGACGUUCGGGAUGGACUCGUGGCCUAUUGCGCACCAGCUCGAAAAACACUACCCAAGUCCUUCUCUCUAUCUCGACGAUCCAGUCGUGGUGCAAAUUCGGGACCACGUCUUCAAAUUGAUGGGUCCGCUAGUCCCACAUUUGAUUCCCAAGGUGCCAUUGAUCCUGUCCGAGACAUCUGCUACGUACUUUUAUGAGACCCGAGAGAAAGCAUUUGGCGCGCCGCUGCAGGAGAUAGAGCGGACAAAGGCGACUGAGCAGUGUUGGGAGGACGCGAAGGCACCGGCGAAGGAAGCGGGGGACCUCCUGAGGAAGAACGAUGGACCCUUCUUUCUGGGAGAGACUGUCUCGUAUGCCGACUUCAUCCUCGUGGGGCUAUUUCAAAUGGUCAGCCGAAUCAACGGUGACAUAUUUCCAAGGUUUCUAGCACUUGACCCUGCCUUUCCAAAGCUCUAUGAGGCGUCUAAACAGUGGCUGGAGAAGGAUGACUAGGUCACCUUAGUUGAGCGGGCUUGUCCUGUAAAAUCAGGCGUAGCCGCAAUCUAAAAACAUCAGCAGUACUUACAUGGUUUCCAUGAUAUUUCGCGUCUUCCACAAUUCGUAUAGAUCUUUGCAAUGCCACGCGACUCAACUAGAUUCG